UCGGUGUCGCCGUGCUCCGCGGGUUGACUGGAGUCGGAAGAAACGUGACUACUGAUAAAAGCGGCGUGAUUAAAAAUAGAUUUAUGUGCGUCGUUGUUAAGGCGAAAGCUGGGCGUAUCGAGCAUUGGGAAACCAAAGAAGAAGUAAUUCAAGAAAAACUCACAUGUGAGCAAAAGAAGCAAGUUUCAAGCCCCAGAAUGUGAGAGGAUUUAUUGUGAUCAGGAUGGAUGUCGUGACGGGUAGCGAUUAGUGUGUUACGGGGGAGUUCUCGUCUGGUUUGGCUUGAAGUUCUGCAGAUAGAAUGCCGUGCCAGGUGUGCAAAUAAUUUACGAGACACACCGGACCUCGCAGGAUUGGAUUAGGGGUUCUACGCAUAGGUUCGUGUCCGAAAAACGGCGUCGCAUUGGAGAGUACAACACGUUUGGACAAACAGCUGCUGCCACUCUGGUGACACACACGCUAGGAUGCACACUCCCGGGAACGACCGUGUCGAAUGGUCCACCACGGUUGGCGCUGCGGCCGGAAUGCUGGCCGUGAAGAAGGUCGUCCCCGUUGCAGCAGCCGCUGAUGGCCUUGUUGGAUAGUGCCACCAAAUCGAGUAGUUGUGAUGUUGUUUAUUGAAUAGAGAGGAAAAGAGCGAAUCGAAAUAGCGGAGAAGAAAAGCUCGUGUGAAAAUUAGUUCAGUGAAAGGUGUAAUCUUAUUUGAGAAUGGCACCGCCGACGGUGGAACCUAUCGGAAGCUAGGAAAAGGCUUCGAGUGGGGCCUCGUUUGCCAAUAUUUUCUCUCCCCGGAUAUGGUGUACCAACGGAAUUGGUAGAUGUAGUCAUGGUGUGACCCGUAUUUUACUCGUCGUCUAGUAGAGAGUGUGUGCUGAACAAGUGUUUGUAGGAGAAGCGAGAAAAAAAACCACACCAUGCUGGCCUUACACCACAUGACGCCGGGGGAAUUGACGCAGAUUUCGAAUCUGCACACGCUCAUACUGGAAAUCAACAGCGAGGUGGCCCUCUUCCGGGACCUGCUGAUCCACGUGGGCCAGUCGCGGGACUGCCCGGAGCUGCGGGAGAAGAUCCGGAAGCUGAGGCGGUCCUGCGUGGAGGCCUGCAAGCACACAUCGGCGCUGAUACUGCCGCAGAUCCGACAAGCACUAGCCGAAGGCAUCCUGGCAGAUAACCCUCACUUGGUACUGCUGUUCUACCUAGCUCAACUAUUUCUAAGAGAACUCAUCAAAAGUCACCGCCUGGUGCAGGUCAUUCCUAUGGAUAUGUCCGGAUAUUACGAAAACCGCGCCGGCCCGUCGAACCUGGGCAAUGUGAUAAGCCAGAUACUGCUGUGCAAGCAGAUCACGCCCGACUUCAACCAGGAGGAGCUGUGCAGCAUCACGAAGGACUCGCAGGUGAUCGCCCAGAUACUGCAGGACCUGCAGGAGUUUAUGCCCCAGCAGGAGACCUACCUGGAGCGCACCAUCGCGCUGACGGCCGAGAUCAACGGACCGUGGCCGGCGAAGCGCCGCCGGGGUUCGCUGUACAAAAACAUGGGCCUUUUGUGCUGUGUCUCGCGGCCAAACUACCUAUGAAUGUAGUGGUGGCACCGUCGUCGACGUCCUAUUUCGGUUCAUCAUCAUCUAACUGCAGCUGGCAGCACUGUUGGCCAGUAGCGGCAGCAGCAGCAUCACCAGAACCAUCACAACCACCAAAAUCCAGUACCUAUAGAUAAGUUUAUUUUUAUACCAGUUUAAAGGGGGAUUCACGAUCAUGCGAUAGCUAUGAGAGGGGUGGGGGAUACUCCAAUUUUGACCACCGUUGACAGCUAAUAGUGUCGUUGGUUGAACAACAGAAGAAAAAAAACUAAAAACCUGCAGGGCGAAGCUAUCGACCUGGGGAUUAAGCCAAUUGGUCUCGAAAUUGGAUAGGAUUAGCAAACUCACAGCACGGUGAACGAGGGACAAUCGGGUGGACAAACCCGGACAAAGUGUGCUCAACGGUGCAGCUAACUGAUUUUGAUAGGGUGGACCUUGAAGUCCUCAACUACACUUAAAGAAACUUGUUGAUUUCGAUUUUUAUCAUGUCUUAAAUUUUAAUGUUUUAAAUAUCGAAUCAUAACGUCAAAAAUUUCUUUCCGUGUAAAGGGACAACCCCACACAAGCUGCAUCGACGACAAGUACCGGCUACUACUACCAACAAGUACCUGGUACCGUUGAGCUGUUGAGGUGCACAACUUUGUAAGAGGGCGAGAAUGUCCCACAUGGCCCCACAAGCCACAACUAAUCAUGACAUUAAUUAAAUGGGGCUCAACCGCAACCAGAGUGCAAAGUAAGAAGCAACAGAAAAGGAAAGCAUAAACGCUCGUCUUGAAACUUUAGCAAAAAAAAUAAGGGGAAUGGUGAAGAAAAUGAGGAAAAUGAGGAAAAUUUGCCAAGGCCAGUAUCGACACUACCACACACAGCAUGCUCUAAUUGAAAAUUACAGUUCAAUUUAAUUCGAUUGGUAAUCUCCCACACCAGGGCUAUCGAAAGGAUUAGGAAGGUGUGCUCGGAAGGGGUUCAAGAAUCGACCACACUGUGAUGACAAAGGAAAUGAAAUAAUCGUUGGCAUCUUAAAUCCAUUAGGGGGGAAUCGCUUUGGUGCAAUUGAGGGAACAGAAGCAGGAAUCCAUGAUCCCAGAGGUAUCAGAACGUAACAUGUUUGAUUUUUCCUACCGUAAAUCUGUUCAGUAUUUCAUGAAAACAUUAACGCAAAGGGGUUACUGAGAUACUAACAAAUAAAAUAUCGAAUUGAAAUAUGGGUCAUUCCAUCUGAAGCGGAACAGCAUUUGAAAAUUACCCUCUCCGAUCCUGCUCAAAUUUGGCAGGGCUGUUGAUACUAUCAAAACAUGCAAGAAUCCCGAAUUUCAUCCAAAUCGGACCACCCCCUCCAUUUUUGUACCUCCCCAAAAAAUCGACUUUUUGGCGAUUUUUGACCAAACCUCCUAGUUUCAAAUGACGAUAACUCAGGAACCACAAAUCUUAGAGGGUCGGUCUUAGACUCAAUUUUGAAGGAAAUUGGAUGUAGAA